AUGUCAUCUAAAAAUAAAAAAGUAGAAAAAGAAGAUAUUUCAUCUUCAGAAUCGGAAUCAUCAGAAUCAUCAGAAGUCUCAUCAGAAUCUGAUAACCAACAAAAAAAGAAUGAUAAAUCAUUAUACAACAAAGAACUCAGAUUCUUUGAUGAGAAAGACCGUCCAAUUGCAGAUCCAUCCGAUGCCAACAAAGACAAUCAAAAGCAAAAGAUAACUCUUCAACAAAUUAAUAGAGAUAAGAUUUUAUCAACAAUGGAUAAAGAUCAAUAUGAAGAGGAUGAUGAAGAAGAGGAAGAAGAGGAAGAUGAAGGAAACUAUCAAGAACAAGAGGAAGAAGAAGAAGAAGAAGAAGAUUUCGAAGAGAUGUCAUACAAUAGAAAACAAGAACAUUUAAAGAAUGCUUUCAAGUUGGCCGAUGAAGAUGAGGAUAGUGAUGAUGCUGAUAAAAAGAGAACCGAACAAGAGGAAGAGAAAGAGAAUGAGGAGUUUGAAGAGUUUAAAAAGAGAAUUUCAGAGAAGGGAUAUGUCGAUACCGAAGCUGUCGAUGACUACUGGCGUAGCAAGAAGGUCGAUGACGAUGAGAAAUUCCUUCGUGACUACAUUCUCAGUCAAAAGUGGAUGACCGACAAGACCAAGUUGCCGACCUACGAGGAGAUUGUCGAUGAGAUGGAACAGGACGAGAAAGACUUGGACAAGCAGGCACUCUAUGAAAAGUCAUUCAAUUUCCGUUUCGAAGAGGCCGGUUCUACAGUGAUCGUAUCGAAUCCACGUCAAGUCGAUGACUCGAUGCGUCGUACCACCUCGAAGCGUGCAGAGAAGCGUGCCAAGAAGCGUGAACGUCAAGAGCAAGAGCAAACACAGAACGAAGAGAAACUAAAGAAGUACAAGAACGAAAAGAAGAAAGAGAUCCUCGAGAAAUUGAAAGAGAUCAACGAAAUCACUGGAUCUACUGCAUUCAACAUGUCAGAUGCUGACCUCAAGAAGAUGGAUCCAUCCGUAUUAAUGAAGGAAAUAAAGUCAUCAAAGAAACAAAAAGUGGAACAACAACAACAAUAUGAUGAUGAUGAAGAUCAAGAGUAUUAUGAAGAUGAAGGUGAUUACAAUGAAGAGGAUGGUGGUGACUACAACUACAACGAUGAGGAAGGUGGUGACAAUCAAUUCAGUAUAAAUCAACUUAUUGAAAGUGGUAUUUUCGAUGAUGAAGACGAUGAAGGUGAAGAGGAUUGGGAUGAAGAAAGAAUACAGCGUGAAAAGAAAGAAUUGGAAUCAAUGUUGGAUAAUUACUAUGGAAUGGAUUAUCAAGAAAUGAUUGAUGAUACACCAGUUAGAUUUAAAUAUACUAAAGUUGAUGCCGAUGAUUACGGUAUGUCAUUGGAUGACAUUCUGAUGAAAGAUGAUAAAGAACUUGAGAGAAUGGUUCCACUCCAAAAGAUGGCACCAUACAUCAACCAAAUGUUUGGUGGUCAAUCCGAUGGUACCAAACACAAACGUCAAUUUGCACAUGCAUCCAAAUAUCAUACCUGGUCAGAAAAGACUUUUGUUCCAAAGGCUGGCAAGAACAAACCCACCAAAUCUGGAUUCGCUUCUAAACCCGACAAUAAGAAAUCAACAACAUCAACAACAACAACAACCAAUAACAAAUCAAAUAACAAUUCUAAUAAUAAUAACAAAUUUAAUAACAAUAAUAAUAAGAUAAAUGAAUCUGGUAAUGUUGAAAAUGAAGGAUUAAAGAAGAAGAGAAAGAAUAAGAAUAAGAAUAUUUUAAAUAAAUAA